AGCCACGUUAAAGCGAAAAAUUGUACGCAUUCAGCAUUAAAAUUAAGCUCGCAGACAUUUUCAUCAUAGCAUCAGCAAAAUUCUACCCAGACAUACGAGCAUGCGAAAUCAACAGGCAACCAAAUGAUGCAAAAUAAUCUGCCAUUAAACAGACGCCGCCAAUAGUGUGUUGCAGAACAGCAGCAAAAGGUAUUCGGCUCCGCAUUGAUUGGCGUAUGUCCGACAAUAAGCUUGGCUAAAAACGCCAAGUUAUGGAACUGCCCUCGAUGGUUCAACGCUCCGGCGACACGCUUAUAGUACGCAGCGUUGUCAGUGGCAAUCAAUUAUAUUUGGAUCAGGGUGCCGCUUCCACGAACAACAAUAUCAACAGCAACAAACAUAGCAGCCCUUCGCCGCUGCAGCAACAGCAGUCGAUUGGCACCACUAACUUAUCAAAUAGUGCGCUGGAACAAUUGGAACGUUACCGUGCCGCAGCCGCACAAUAUCACCUUCAACAACAGCAGCAGCAGCAACAUCAAAAUGCCACACAACAGCAACAAAGUGCAGCAGUCGCGGCUGCAACUGCUUCAGCGGUAGCGCAACAGCAGGCCAUGGAGCUGAAGGACGAGGGUCUGCCGCAAUGUAAAAUCAAGCGCAAUUACAGCUGCAGCUACUGCACCUAUUUCACACAGAAUCCGCGUUAUCAUUUGACGCAUCUGCGAGAUGUGCAUGGCGAAAAAAUUGUCAUCAAUAAAUGCAAGCUGUGUCUGUAUGCUUCACGACACUUCCAAAAGUUGGUGCGUCACAUGAAAAUGGUGCACGGCUGCACCGAUGGUGUGGCCGGUGGGCAUGGGCAGCCGCGUGGUAAACGAGGUAUGAGUCGGGAGGCACGCAAACGGAAGCUGGAGCAAAGCGUCGGCUUGGGCAGCGCACAGGGUGAGAUCAGCGGAGGUGGUGGCGGUGGCAAUGUCGGUAUGGGCGAUGCCGUUUCGAAGAUGCCAACUUAUGAGCAGGUCAAACGCGAGCUAGAACUACAGCGCGAAUCGCUCUUCGCCGUUGUCUAUGAGCGUGAAUUACAGGCGCAACGGGAACGCGAUCUAGAAGCCCGCCAGCAAGCACAGAACGUCUACGAACAAGAAAUUCAAGCAGCGACCGCAGCUGCUGCUGCCGCGGCAGCAUCUGAAACACAACGCCAUCAAUCGCCGAUCAAUGCAACUACCAACAACAACGCUAGUGCCUCGUCAAACAGCGCUGGCACCACCAGCAGUCAUACGGCUUUCCAAUUGCCACCCGCACAUCAGCAGCCGCUUACCACACAUACCCGCAGCGUUGAGCUUUCACCAUCACCCACCGAUUCGGUGUCGUCUGUGCAUGGCGCUGAAGCUGCCACUACGGCUGCUUUGCACUCUAGCGGCGUUUCGCUAACCUAUGUUGGAGAUGAGCCCACGCAGAAUAGACUGCUUAAGUGCAGCCUUUGCGAUUUCACCACACUCUUCCGCGCUCAAUUGGUCGACCAUGAAUUGGACGAACAUUGCAAGACAAAAUUCUUCCGCUGUGAAAAGUGUUCAUAUGUGACACACAUUAAAGCGCGCUUCAGCAAACACGUCAAGUAUCACUCCAUGCCUAUGAUCAAAUGUGUCACUUGUGAUUUUCGUACACCUUAUAAAUGGAAUCUCGAUCGUCACAUGAAAAAUCAUGGUGGUGCAGGUCCAUUCAAAUGUGCCGCCUGUGAUUUCACAGCCGACAUCAAACAAUCGCUCACAGUGCACGAAAUGAAUCACCAUGUGCCGCCGGUGGGACAUGCGGCGGGUAUGUCGCUGGCACGACGACGCAACAAGGUGGGUGGUACUGAUUUGUGCGAAGAUUUUCUGAGCGAUUCUGCAGAUUUAUUGGAAGAUCAUUUCAAUAAUAACAAUCUCGAUGAGUAUGAUGAAGCAUUAAUGACGGCGGAGCCUUAUAGCAAACGUGGCAAAUACGACGACGAUGAACCGACCGAUUUGUCAGCGAAAGGAGGCUCUUCGGACACAUCGUCGGUGCAUAAUCACAGCGUUAAUGUAUCACAAACGCCAAAGGCAAAGCGGCCCAUACCGAAUCUCAUUCCGAUACCGAAAAAUACCGUACCAAGCAUUAUGAAUCUUUCCAAAGAGUUCGCUUCGCGCAGCUCCCUCACAGAUAUCGCUUCCAUGUUUUUCAAUGACAAGCAAAUUUCUGAGAUGUUGCAGCCUCUCGAGAAGGCAGACGCCGCCCAACUAUCACCCACGCCCACCGUUGCGUCCACCUCGAGUCACGCCUCGCGUAGUUUGCUGCAAAAGAAACCCACACCGGGUGGCAGUUUCUUCGACAAAUUGAAAUCCUCUGCCUUGGCGGGCCCAAGCGAGAAUCUCAUCUGUCCUUGCGGUCAUAUGGCUAAGUGCCUAUCGGAGUCGAUAAUCCACCGCAAAACAUGCAAUUUCGCAGCUAUCGCCGAAGAUGAUGUUGAGGAAGAGCAAGACGAUGCAGACGAUCGCUUAGAAAUCGAUUUUGCCGAAGACGACGAUCGACAGUCGCAUUCAGCACUGAAUCUAAGUGUUACUGGUUCUACGCGUUGUCAGCAUUGUCGCCAUCGUUGCAAAUCGUCAGCAGAUCUUUUGAAUCACCUCAAACAGUGCACCGAAGCAAGUCGCUGUGGCAAUGACUCGUACGAUUCGCUCUCUGGUGAUAGUAGCGCUGGCCGUGCUGGUGGCGCUGACUCCACUAACGACCAACAUCCUAUGGAAAAUCGAGUAUUUAUUUGGAAUAAAAUGCCAGGCGGUGAAGCGGGACGACGCGAAGGCAGUCAGUGCUCGGAAAUCCGCGGGCAAACAAACAAUACCGCUGAAUCAUCGGGAAGUAGCGGGAAUGGCGCAAGCAGCGCGACUUGUGAAGAAAACAGUUACUAUGGCGUUGAAACGGCACCAGGUUAUGGUGAGGUAACGAAAAAGAUGACGCCAGAAGAAGAAGCUGCCAAUUCUUCUUUGAAAAAAGUCUACAAAUGCCCGCAUUGUUCAUUCUGGGCCUCGACAGCUUCGCGUUUCCACGUACACAUCGUCGGUCAUUUGAAUAAGAAGCCAUUUGAAUGCUCGCUUUGCUCGUAUCGCUCCAAUUGGCGUUGGGAUAUUACCAAGCAUAUACGCCUAAAGACCAUUCGUGAUCCCAGUCACAAGAAUGCACGUGUCCUGAUGAACGAUGAAACUGGGCGACGUAAUUACACCAAAUAUAACAAAUACAUCACAUUGAUGAAGGUGACCGAAGAAGAUGGCGAUCCUAAGCUAAUGAAAUCGGGUGAGAUGACACCUAACCAAGUGGCCUCUCUAUCGUUUAUCAACGACUUCAAUAAGAAUGUGGGACCCAAUGCCUUGACCUCCACUCAUUUGAACGGUAUAAAGGAGGACAUAACUCUAGAGCCAAUACCAUCCAAGUCUAACGGUGGUAAUAAUGGUGGCAGUAGCAAUGGUGGAGGCGAUCAGUUAUCAGAUGGUUUCAUACGUCUGCCGCUGUUGGCUACAAUGAUGAACGCUGCAAUGGCACAACAGCACCAUCAACAGAAGGACCAGGAACAUGGUCAGGCAGCAAUGAUUACACCUUCGGUAACCAUUUCAGCUGUAAAGCGUUCGCCACCGCCACUAAUGAAGCCAAGCGAUGACUUGGUUACCGACGUCCGACAGGAGGGUAACGAGAAGAAAACAUUCUACCGGUGCCGCAAGUGCAGUUUUCGUCAUGCUAAUCGCGAUGCUGUGCUCGCCCAUGUCAAGAUACAUUACCAGGAUACCAAUUACCCUAUAGUAACAGCGACAGCAACCACUUCGCCCAAGUCGGCGAAUUCCCAGCAACAACACAAUACACCACUUCAGGUGGCCGUCAAUCCAAAUAUCUACAUGAACAAAGUUCUCGCCGCAAUGUGCCUUUCCCAGCAGCAACCACAGCAACCCAACUCGAAUUCUUCAGCAAAUAAUAAUGAUCCACAACAACAACAACAUUCCAUAAUUUCAGCCGGUCUGUUGCAACAGGCAAUUCAGGGCGCACCGCCCAACUCACCACUCAGCUGUCUGGCAUUGACGCUCGCCGGCAAGAGUCCAGCCAAAGCAACCGCUUCUAUUUUAGAGCACGGUGAGCAGAAAGCGACACAAAACGAGGCAAGUGCCAAAAGGCCGACGUCGCCCAAACAAAACAGCAACAGCAACAACAAUAGUAGCAUAACCCUAACUAAUUUAGCGACGUCGUCAACGACAUCAUCUUCUCCCAACUCCUCUGGCGGUAGCAAUGUUUGUGGUGUUGGUUUGGUCGGUUCGGCCACAUCAGCGUCAUCGUUGCAACACUUGUUAACCUCACCGCGCGGCACUUACACAUCAUCUGCACAUACGCUACGCAAUCAACUGCAUUCGCCUACAAUCAGCACCAACAGCAACAACAACAAUGGUGGUAGUUUUGGUGUCGGUGGUCAUACUAAUAACAAUAAUAGCAAUAAAAAUUUGGUAAAGGGUGCAUUGACAGUUACGAAACACAACAGUGCAACAACACCUUUGCAUGGAACAAUUGACGGUGGCUUUGGUUCACCCACAAGCGCAGUGUCGUCGGUAACGGCAGCCGAAGCAAUUGGUACAUCUUCAUUACACUCAUCGCCAAGUGCUGAUGCCGCACCCAACACACCCAGUGCCAUAACAGUAACUACACUUCCUACUACUCCUACCAGUUCUACUACUGCAUCCGUGGGAACAAAGUGCGCUAGCAAUCCAUAUCAUAUACAAAUGGGUCUCAUCGGUGCUUCAUCUAUUUCCAGCAAUCAUAGUGGCGCUAUCGCCUAUAUUGGUGGUGGUGGCGGUAGUGGUGGUGGUAUCGUUGGUACUCAUAGUGAUAAUAAUAAUAGUCUAUGUAUUGGUGGUCUUAUGUUUGGUUCUAAUAAUUCUACUACUACUACUACUAGUUUAAAUCGCAAUACUUCCAUACCUACUACUACAGCAACAACAAUAGCUAGCAGUGGCACAACUGCUGGCAACAGUGGUGGUGCAUCAUCAUCUUCAUGUAAUUUGUUAUUAAGCUCGACUCAGUCGGCUACUGCGGCGGCGGCGACGGCGACGGCAGCAUCAGCUCUUUAUGCCUCCAAUGUGAUCACUCUGUCACCGCCCUCGGCAUCGUCAUGUAUUUCGGCAAAUGCAACGACUAGCAAUUUCAGUAAUACACAAAAUCCAAAUCAAAGUCAAAGUAACAAUUGUAGUAAUUUAUUAGUAAACGACAGCGAGCGGCGUGAACCGUCGCCGUAUCGUUGCGGUCAUUGUCAUCAAGUAUCAAAUUGGAAGCAUGUCAUCCAGCGGCAUUGUCGCUUGAAACACGCUGGCGACAUACGCAUCGAAACCCUUGAUCGCACCGCGAGCGCCAACGAACGCCAUGCACCGCCCAUCUACCGGCCACUCGGCAAUGGCGCUUCCAACGAGUCCAACUACGGGCUAACACUUAAAGCUUUACAGCAACAACAACACCAACAGCAGCAGCAGCAGCAACAGCAACAACAACAACAACCGCCACAUAUAAGCAGCAUUGCCGGUGGUCCCCCAAGUCACUCGGUACUUAUGAGCAAUAACAAAAACGAGCAACAUCUAUUACAUUCACCACUCGCCGGCACCGCUGCCGCUAACGCAGCCACCACACCACAGGAGCUGCAGCAAGCUGCCGCUGCCUAUAUAGCAGCCACUUACAAGGCCGCAGCUGCUGCUGCUGCAAAUUCAACCGGCAAUGGUUCGGCUGCCGCUGCCGUUGCAGCAGCUGCUGCUCUUGGGCUCAGCAGCGAAGAUUUGUUAUUGCAUCAACAAUUGCAACAAAAUGAUCAAAUUGAAAUUACUCGUCUGCCGCCGGGUGUUAGCAAUGCUGCCCAGUCGCAUGCGCAGGCACAGGUACAACCGCAGCCACAGCAGCAACAACAACUGCAACAGCAGCAGCAGCUGAACUCGAAGUGCAAACAGCAAAAGUGUCCACUGUGUCCGUACAUCUCGGAGAGCAAGUCGCAGAUGAACUACCACAUCUCGUUGCACAAGCCGACUCAGUACGAGUGUUCGUUGUGCACUUUCGUGUGUGCCAAGAAGCAGCAUUUGAGCAGUCACAUGCGCACAGUGCACCAGCAACAUAAUUUGAGUGCGUCCAGUCAAUUGAGCAAUAUGAGUGCUGCCAUUAAUUCCAUGGAUUUCAGCAUGGCCUUGCAAUUGGCCGCCGUGGCACAAGCACAACAGGACCAAUCUUCACUCUCCUCCCCGCUAGCCAUUGAUCUGACAGCUCUGAAGCAAAAAAUAACUGCUGUCCAACACCAGCAACAACAACAAAAUCAAAAACAGCUGCAGCAACAAUGCCAAACACAACAAGCAUCUGCACAAAACGCGCAACAACAACAACAGCACCCCCACCAACAUCCGCCUACUGCAACUGAAAGCCAAAUGAAAUGCAUACUUUAUUGUCCAAAAUGCCCAGCGCGUUACAUCCAAAAAUACAACGAUACCUGGAACGCCAAGGCGGAAUUAGAAGACCACAUCAAAUGCCACAACGCAAGCGAUGUGUUGGACAAUGCCGCCAACGCCACACAAACGCCACCUCCACAACCUGCCUUCAAAUGCGAAUUUUGCGAUUACGACGCCGUACACGACGCACAACUGCAAAAACACCGUUAUGUGCAUACACAGCACUACCAAGACAAAUGUGCCGAACUAUACAAGCACGUGCAAGAGGAUUUACAAUAUGCGCCGCCCAAACUGAUGCAAAUUACCUUAGCGAAAAGCUUACAGCAGGCACCUGAGACGAUUUGGAUAGUCGACAACGAGUUGAAUGAUCAAUGCAAAGAUCAACUGCAGCAGCAGCAACAUGCGAGCAUCUCUUCCUCCUCAGUAACGCCCGCAAAGAUGACAACAUCAACGGCGACGGGUGCAGCGCAUUUCGAUAACGCCAAUUCACUGCUGAAGAAGCAACUCGAGUCGGGCAUGGGCAGUAGCAGUGGCGCAUUGCGUAGCUCGCCAACAUCCACACCCACGCCUAAAGAGCUAGCCGACGCCGAUGAUUCGUCGAAUAUGCCAUCGACCAGCGCUUCGGUAGCCACCAGCGAUCUGGCGGUGGAUGGCGGCAGCGAUUUCACAUCUAGCGUAGCAUCGCCAGCGCCGGUUGAGAAAUGUCUGUAUUGUCCCUAUGAAACCAAGCAUACAACGCUUUACAAGGCACACUUGCAACAUCACAUUUGCAUUAGCAACCAGAAGGAGGCCUACACCUGUGAACACUGCGAUUACACAGACAGCAAACAGGAGCACAUUGAGGAGCACACACGCGUGCAUUUCAACGCGGUGGAAAAACUAAAGUCCGUGGCAUUCUUCACCUCCUACGACAAUUUGGAAUUGAGUGUCGAACGCGAUGAGGCAGACGACGACAAAGACGUUGAGAAUGAGUUGCAUAAAGAAGAGCGCGCACGGCAAAGCGGCUAUAGAACGAAAGCGGCGGCAGACACAGAAGAGCAAGAAGCGCCGAACGCAAGGGCAGCGCUGCAAUUAAAUAUUAAAGAGGAGCACAACAACAAUAAUGAAGAGCAUGUUAUCAACGAGAAUGUGGUGAAGGAGCAGCAACAGCAGCUGACAAGUGCGUCGAAAACCAACAACUCUAAAGCAAAAGUAGAUAGCGACGAAAAAGUGGUGGAGAAAUCAACAGUCGCAACAGCUGAAAACAUCAAAAAGCCCUGUAACAAAAUUAUACUCUACAAAACCGAUGGCUGUUUGAGCAUCAAGCGCGAAAGUGGUGGCGGCCAGAGCAACAACGCCAACAGCAAUGCAAGUAACUGCGAAAAUAUCAGUGAUCGCCUGCGGCGACGCAUUAGUCGUAAUAACAGCAACACCGCCAAUCAUCUAAAUAGUAUUGGCGGUAGCGGGAAUACGAACAAUAACAACAACAACAGCCAUAACAGCAAUUGUGACGAACAAGCUGACAGUGGCGCACAACAACAACAAAGCCAUAAAACCAUAUUAGUAAAUGCGAAAACUGGUCAAGUUAUAAGUAGAAAUUAAUGCUGUAGUGGUUAGCGAGUAUGUGUGAGUCUGUAGCCAUGUAGAAAGGGGAGCGCAGGCGCAAAUUAAGUGAGGAGCUGUACUUUAAGCGAGCGGAGUUGGGCGCGGCGCUCUAAAAACUUCGUAAUUAGUAUUUAAGCUAGAUAAAUGAUCUAAACAUGUGACAAAUGAUGGGUGGAAAAUGCAGAAUGGCACUGCUGUUAUUAUUUUUGCUUCUUGAAUGCUUAGCGAAAUAAGGGCUAUCAAAAAGUUGAACCAUUCCUUAAGCGGGGUUUCAACCGAUUGUUGUUUUUGUUGUAACAGCUUCAAACCUUGGUCGUCGCAUACAAAUUCAAAUUCUUCAUAUAACAUAGACGCGACUCAAAGAUAAUAGAAUACAAGGUUACAUCUUUCGAAUUCGCUGUGUCGUCAGAUCCCAUGAAUAAACGAACAAAAGUAAGGGGAAUAACUUGUUUGUGAAGAGCACACAAUUCGCCUUGGACGCGACUGUCUUUGCUAAUAUCGCAUGUUUUAGCUGGCGUAGUUUUGCUGCUGCUCUUUUUUUAUGUUACUUGUGAAUUAAUGCAAGAAAUGCAGUAUGCGUAUGCAAUAA